UGCCCGUGUGCAACACCAAGAACUGGCGUUAAGGUUAUUUACCUCGCGCGUCUGCCAUCCUUCACCUCAAGUCUUCGAUAUAAUAACAGCUUUUCAUAAUCCAUUUCUUCUAAGCGGUGCUCUUCUUCCUUGUCAUUUCUGUUUAUUUUGGAGUUUUUAUUCCUGUAAUUGCUGUUUUUGGCGCGGAUUUGAAUGGAUAAUAUUAAAAUAGCCCGUGUAGAUAAUGUUCGGCUACUGGCAAAGGGAAAGGAACUUACAGGAACAUUGCAUUUAACGGCCCACCAUUUAAUUUUUGCUAAUUUUAAAACUCAAUUGGAGAUAUGGGUUGCUUAUGCUCAGUUUUUUAGUGCAAGACUUUGUCUGUACGACGGGAAACCAUGUAUACGCGUCCAAUGUCGUGAUUUUAUGUUUUUCUGCUUACUAUUCGACGAUGACUCGGUGAUUAACGAUGUGUUUGACUCUUUACAGAAUCUUGUUUGUGUGGAUGACAUAUCCAAGCUGUACGCUUUUUAUUACGUACCGUCUGUUGAGGAGCAGAAACUUAAUUCAUGGGACACGUUUUCCUUGGUUGCUGAAUACAAACGAAUGGGUGUAGCCCAAGAACCAGUCAUUUGUGGAAGGAAUUGGCGGUUUACAACAAUCAACAAAGACUACUCGCAGUGUAAAACAUAUCCUAGCAUUUUGGCUGUGCCGGCCAGUGUUUCUGACAGCGUUAUCUACUAUGGAUGCAAAUACCGCUCCAAAUGCAGGUUUCCCGCCUUGACGUACUUGCACAAAAACUCUUUUUCUAUAACAAGAGCGUCGCAACGCUGGUCGGGUUGCGACAGAAUCGCUCUGCGCAGGACGAAAAGCUUGUUGAGGCCAUCUUUUCCACAUCCAUCAUCCCCGGUUCCAGUAACCUAAUUGUCGACGCUCGUCCAUCCACCAAUGCCCAUGGCCAACAUUGCAGUUGGGGUGCUGGCAGCGAAAACAUGGAUCACUACAGAUUGGCAAAAAAGGCUUAUUUAGGCAUCGACAAUAUUCACGUUAUGCGUGAGUCGCUUUACAAACUGAUUACGGCGCUCAAGAAUUCGGAUGUUUCAGCAAACCCUCCGCAGCAAGAUCUGCUAUUGCGUUCCCAUUGGCUAAAACACAUUUCGAGUAUCUUGCAGGGUGGUCUGCUUAUUACCCGUACCAUCCACGAGGAUGGAUCGCACGUUCUCGUGCACUGUUCUGAUGGAUGGGAUCGCACCUCGCAGUUGUGUGCCCUCCCGCAGUUGUGCUUGGAUCCCCAUUACCGCACGCUUCGUGGUUUUAUGACGCUUGUGGAGAAGGACUGGCUUGCGUUUGGUCACAGAUUCCAAGAGCGUUGUGUACCGCUUCUCCACAAAAAACGGUUUACCGCAUAUCCAACUGUUGAUGAUUCUGCAGCCGCCACGUUUCAGUCAACACUCAUGUCUGUGCACUCGACGCUUACGAACUUUGCGCGCGAGAACUUUGACAAAUAUGCCUCUCCUAUUUUCCACCAGUUUCUCGACAGUGUGUGGCAGUUGACACAGCAAUUUCCCAAGUACUUUGAAUUCAACGAACGCUUCCUUCGACGCCUUUUGUAUCAUGUCAGCUCUUGCCAGUACGGAAGCUUCCUCUAUAAUUCGGAGUACGAACGCAACACGAACGACGUGAAGCAUCGUUCUCGUUGCGUCUGGGAUUACUUUCUCGUACGAGAGGACGAAUUCAAAAAUCCAGAGUACGAAAUGUUUGACGACGUACUCAUGAUUGAUCCAUUGCAAGUCAAAUGGUGGGCUUCUGCAUUUGGACAAACGGACGAAAACAUGAAUACGGAUGCUCAACAGCCUUCUCCAGUUUCAUGAACUUUUUUUUUGAGGUGCUGCUAGUUUGUUUUUCUUCCUCUUUGCAGAUGGUCAUCCGUUCCUUUCUUCCGCUCGUCGGUUUGCCAACCAGGAGUCCUGUAAUACCUUUUGUAACUUUCAGAGUACCCUAAUGAUUCUCCAUGUAAUUACUGUUCCAACUUACAAAGCAUUCCCUUUCUAAUGGGCCUGACCGCUCUCUCAAGGUACAAAUUUAUAUGUCCAUAUAACAACAAAUGCUAUUAAAUUGUGAACUAGUAUGACUUAUUUAAUGUAUGAACAAUCUCCUACGACUACAGACAACAUUCCCGUAGAACUGCACUUAUUGUCAGAAUUUCCCUAUACCCACACACACUCC